AAUUGAGAAGUACUUUAGGAUUAAAACGUUAUCUAAGUUGAAAAAAAAGGAAAAGGAAAAGGAAAAGUUCCGUUGCGGUGUUGUUGAUGCUCAAUUUCUCUUCUUUUUCUUGGAAUUUCUAUGGCUGUUUUUCCACAAACCAAAAUCAUUACAACUUUUACUGUAUAAAAAAAUGCAUAAAGUGCACAUUCUUCAACAUUUUGUCUGUCAUCCAUUCAAAGCUUUUGCAAUGGCAGAGCCCCCAACACUUACUGUCAUUUCCACUUCACCUUCUUUCCUUUCUCUCUCUGUUUUCAGAACUCCAAGUUUCAGAAGAACUGAAAAUUUAAGAACAUUUCUUAAGGAAGAUGAAGAUGAAGACGAAGAUCCAUUUAUUAGUGGUUGUGUUCUUCGGCUUUCAAGCGUUGUUGAUUCAGCUUUGUUGCUCCUCUGCUACCAUUGUUGUUGAUGGAGUUUCACAAUGGAAGAAUCCCUCUGUUCAUAUUGGAGAUUCCAUCGUUUUCAAGCACAAGUUUCAUUAUGAGCUCUUCAUUUUCCAUAAUCAAAGGGCUUUUGAUCUCUGCAAUUACACUCAUGCCACACUUCUCAGCAAACCCAAUUCCACUGUAUUCAUGUGGCAUCCAUCACGGCUUGGUGUUUUCUUCUUUGCUUUCAACAACGGCUCUAAAAGCUCCUGCAAUGGCUCUCAAAAGCUUGCUGUGAAGGUCACUGAUUCAGCCCCACCUCAAAGUUCCCACCUUUCUCCACAUAACCCACCAAUGGCAGCCCCAGCACCGAUUUCCGGCGGAGUUCUGCCGUCCACUCCGGCUUACCCUUGGCCGUUUCACCCUCGGCAGGGAGCGCCGUCGCCGAGUCUCCCUCCGAGUGAAAGUUUGCCUCUGACAGUGCCGGAGAAAGGUGGAAGUCUGCCGUUUAUCAAUAGUAAUCCAGCGGUUCCACUACCCACCGGCGAAGUGGACACUGCCACUAUUCGCCCGUUGCCAACUUCAGACCAUGGAACACAUAGGGCAAUCAUGGGCUUUCCUCUUCCACUUAAAUUGGCUCUAAUUUCAACCUUAUUCUUGUUGCAAUAAACAAAACAAAAAAAAGGAGAGAUUUUUAGGGUUUAGGGUUUAGGGUUCCUUAGAUGUGAUGAUUUUGGGGGGUUUUUUCCCAAUUUUUGUGUAAAAAAAAUGAUGAUGCUGUGGUUGAUGAUGAUGAGAUAUAAUCAAAUCAAUGCAUUUGGAUGUUAUAUUUAAUAUUAAAUUUUGGCAUAUGCUCCUUUAGCUAUA